AGUGAAACUUAUACGCGAUGCCACCGAAGAUACAAAAAUGUUCCAUCUGUGGUACUCUGGAGACGCAGAAAUGGUUUACACUUGAUCGACGGUCGAUAUGUUUCGAUUGCCACGACAUUCAGCUUAAUCCUCCGCUAGAGCCGGUACGUGAACGAACACCUGAACUGCCGGUAACAACGGCAGUGCCAGCAGCUUCAACAACCAGCGUAGAUCCGCACUGUCCCAUGGAAGUGGAUGGAGAUAUCAAUAGUGCCGAAACGAUCUCGAUAGCAAAGGAAGAAGCUACUGCUGUUGCGAAUGCCGACAGCUACGGUCCCGACGAGCAAACAGGAGAGAAAGGUGGUCUAUUCUCCCAGGAUCUACAAUCGCCACGACGCUUGCGGCGUCGAACAUGCCCAACGCGUACACCAAUACGGCGCCGGGUAACGAAGGCAAGCAGAGGAAACCCCAACACCAAGGCCAAAUCGAGACGUACUUUGCUCAAGAAACCUCCGACAAGGACGCCACAAGAAACGGCCUCAACAAGAUCGGUUCAGAAACUAUUUCACGAGGACACCUGGUACCAGAUAGGAGACAUCGUAUCAUUACUUGAUACGAAAGAUAAUACCUACUACGCACAGAUCCGAGGCCUCCUGGUGGAUACGUACAACGAGAAGAGUGCGGUACUAACGUGGCUUAUCCCUACGACCGCCAGUCCACCACCGAACGAAGGUUUUGACCCCGCCACCUACCAGAUAGGACCGGACGAAGACUGCCCACGACGAAUUACGUACGUGAAGUUUGUAAUGCACGCACCGAGCAGUUAUUACCUCGACCGGAACGACCCGUUCCCUCGGCCGGAAACAUAUGGGCCAACCAAUACGACACAGCGCGAUAAUCGAAACUUCGUUUGGGCUUCCAUUGCACAUCUGCAUUACGGCGAUGAAAAGUGAUGGCUUACGACUAAUCCAAAUGAUCAGUUGGCAUUAGGUAAAAGCAGCAUGAACAACGAACAGGAGCAGUUUCAAUAGGAAAAUCGCGAGUGUAUCGUUCAAUGGAUUUGCUUUUCACUCAUAACAAUGUAGAGAUUAGUUUGCAAAUUGUUGCCAAUAAUUUGUUUGAUAAGAAGAUUCUGUUUUAAGAACAUAAACGUAACUUAACAUACCUGUUUACCGCCGAGUCAUCAUCGGAGAUUUUGGGUUUUGAAAGUAACUACAACUGAAAUAAAGUAUUGAUGUUGGUGAAUUAUUAAAAUUAGCAAAAAUAAUAUUUGCGAUUUUACUGCACUGGAGUACAAUUCGGUUUGUUUUCGAGUUUG